AUGUCCGACCUAACGCACUUCGACAUGCAGCCCAUCCUGAUGGACCCCAAGUCCAAGGCCAUAACCGCCGACCCCAACAUCAAAGCCUCCCGCGCCCUGACCGCCGAGCUCGAGCUCCUCAACACCCUCCACCGCGCCCUCGUCACUUCCGACUCCGUCCCCCCCUCUGGCGUGCCACCCCCUCCCGUCCCCGUCAACCCAAAGCGCGGCGCCAACAUCACAAAGCUCCGCGACAACGGCAACGCAGAGUACCGCAAGGGCCGCUACGCCGAGGCCCAGAAGCUCUACACCCUGGGCAUCCAGAUGGCCCUCGGCCGCCCGCUCUGGGAGCCCAGCGCGCUCGUGCGUGAGGAGCUGAGCGGGCUCUACUCGAACCGCGCGCAGACGCACAUGGCCCUGCAGAACUGGCCCGAGGGCGCCGUCGACGCCGAGACGAGCGUCGAGGUCAAGAAGAUUGGCAACGCAAAGGCCUGGUGGAGGAGGGGCAAGUGCCUGCUCGAGAUGGGCCGGCUGGACGAGGCGGCGUCGUGGGUGCGGGGCGGCCUGGAGGUCGAGGGCGAGGAGGGGGAGCUCGUCGCGCUGUUGAAGGAGAUUGAGGCUAAGCGGGAGGCUCAUUAA